AAAAGGGUCCCUCCGCCCCGGGCUCCUGGCAGAAGGCCUCCAUGCCAUGCGAGCCCACGGUGUUCAGACCGCCUGUGGUGCCCGCCGGCAGGAAGGACGCCAGCGCCAAGAAGGAAACCUCUCUGGCUGAGGGGCUUUGUGGGCCGGCAGGUGACCCCUGCGGAGCGGCAGGGAAAGCCGUCCGUCCUGGUCCUCCGCCUGGUAGCACGUCCACUCCUCCACCGCCGCAAGCUUCAGCCCGCGGCACAGAGCGAAACCGGGGAGGACUGGCGUUUGUUUGUUCACCUGGCGGUGAAACCGCUCUCGGGUCUGUCCCGGCUCGUUUUGGCGCUGACGUCAGAAGGGGUGGGACCGCGCCUGCGCGCGGCGGUGGCCGCGUGCGGUGGGCGGGGGGUGACCUGUGAGGAAUCGCCUUCCCCGCAGCCUGGACUUGGGCUUCUCGUGGCCUAGCAAGAAGCGGUUUCUUUUCCCGAGCUGUUGGCAUCUUCCUGCCAGGAUUCAUUCGUUCCCAAAGGAAUGGAGGAAUGCAGCUGAUAAGUGCUUAACCACGCUGUGCCCCCAUAGGCAGCACCAGGCGCUGGCUUUAUCGUCACCACUUAGGCACUUUGGGGUGGGCUUCUCCUUCUUACCUGCUCUGGGUACCCUUUUACUGUCACUGUAGACCAAAGGAGAUGGAAGAAAAGGAGCGAUGUGAUAAAUUCCAGCUGGUACCUAGACGCUAAGGGGAAUUGUAUAUUUUGACUUUUUUUUUUCCCUUUUUUUGUUUUCUGUGAAGGGGAGGGGAAGUAUUUUAUGGGGUAUGGGAGGAGGGAGGAAAAAUAUGCUGCAGAUCUUCAUGUGGUUUUUAAAACCAGCUGUCAGAGGGAAUUACUGAAUAAACUGAAGCACAAGAGGAGGGUUUGUGAGCUGGAAGCAGCACUAGCCCACCAAAGAAAGGGGCAGUGAGCUGCUGUUGUGACUGUGGAGGCAGAAACUUCAGCCUGCUUCAUUUCUCACCAACUACUCCACAUCCACCCAUCGAGAAAAUGAGUUGCGUGCCAUGGAAAGGUGACAAGACCAAAUCAGAAUCGCCAGAGCCACCCCAGCCACCACCACUGCACAUUUACCAUGAGAAGCAGCGCAGGGAGCUGUGCGCCCUCCAUGCCCUCAACAAUGUCUUCCAGGACAGCAAUGCCUUCACCAGGGAAACCCUGCAGGAGAUUUUCCAGAGGCUGUCUCCCAACACCAUGGUGACCCCCCACAAGAAGAGCAUGCUGGGAAAUGGGAACUAUGAUGUGAACGUGAUCAUGGCAGCCCUUCAGACCAAAGGCUACGAGGCGGUUUGGUGGGACAAGCGCAGGGAUGUUAACGCCAUUGCCCUGUCUAACGUGAUGGGCUUCAUCAUGAAUCUGCCCUCCAGCCUUUGCUGGGGCCCCUUGAAGCUCCCCCUCAAGCGACAGCACUGGAUCUGCGUCCGGGAGGUGGGAGGCACCUACUACAACCUCGACUCCAAGCUCAAGGUGCCCGAGUGGAUUGGAGGUGAAAGUGAGCUCAGGAAAUUUUUGAAACACCAGCUGAGAGGAAAGAACUGUGAACUCCUACUGGUGGUGCCAGAGGAGGUGGAAGCACAUCAGACCUGGAGAGCUGACGUGUGAUCUGGACCGACUGUCCUCCAACUACAGCUCUUCCCCUUUACCAAACUCCUGAUGUCCUAAAACCUGGAUAAUGGAUGCCCCGACUCUUCCUGUCUGGAAUUUCCUUUGUUAGGCUCUUCUCUUCCUUCCUUGGUGCAAUAGGGCAAUGGCACAGGACGUUGGGGGUGGUGGGUGGGGAAGAAUUGAGGCCAGAGUGGAGGAAACUGGAAGCCAAUCACUUUAGUUGCAAGGUGGAUGAGCUGCAUCCCUUUGGCCAGCGGGAAGGCAUCGUGCUCUUUAAAACUGGGCUGGGGGCGAGGGUGCCUGGAAACCUCUGGCCUCCCUUUCCCCACGUGGCUCAAGGCCGUGUAUGGUGGGACCCUGCCCUGUCCAGGGCUUGCCAGGGAGGAGCAGGGGCCGAGCAUGCUGCCACCUCUUCACAAGUCUCUCCCUCCAAAACAAGUCACCACGAAGACAUUUGCAAUUCCUAAGGAUCUCUCAGGACACUCAAAACACUAGGAAUGGUACGGUGCUCAGCACGACCCUCUGCUUCUUAGGGCUGGUUUGUGCCAGAAAUUAGGAAACAAUAAUAAGAACAGUGUCAUCUUCCAAGAAAUUCUUCAGGUAGCUAGAGGAUUCUUCCCCAGUGUCUCCAGGGAUUUAUGUAUGUGGUGAGCGGUUCUUUGGCAGCGUGUGGCUGGCUAAGGUGACAUGGAAACAGCAAGCACAGGCUGAGGAGUAUCAAGUUUCUGGACUGGAGAGAGGCCAUAGUCUGCUUGGGUUUCUUCGUGCUGUGAUGCGGGGGGGGGCAAUUAUUUUAUUUUUUAACACCUAUUUUGGUUUUCUGCAUGGUCACCCAGUUUAGAGGCUGCUUGGAGAGAGGAAUAAAGCUGAAGAGGUUUUGAGAGAAAUUUCAUUCCCUUUUAUUUCCCUCUUCAGAAGCCUAGCCCAUAGUCAGGAAUGUCAUGUGAAAUGUCCCAGAAACGGGUCAAGUUACAAAAUAAAAAUGAGCUGAGGAGGGAAGCCUUCAUAACAGGUUUGCCCUUUCAUAGUUAGUAGCCACUGGCGUGGGAGCUGCAGAGGGUCCACCAGAAUUUUCAGGCAUUAGAGACACCCUGACUUGGUAGUUGAACCAAUCUCCCCUUUAGUGUUGGCCGACAAACAUUCCAUUAAUGGAUGAAUUGCUUUUUCCUGCCUUCUGUGGGGAAGAGUGACUAGACAUGGAGACUCUAAGCAGAAUCCCUACCGGCUGUUCCCAGUCACCCAGAUGAGCUGUAGCUCAGCCAUGCCUUCCAUGGCAGGAGGUGGUAAUGCUGAAUUUGGAACAGACUUCAUUCUGUUUAGCACUUCCUGGCUGAGCUGCUGUUUGCUUCCCUCUUUACAUGUCUGAGUUGAACAGCAGCCUCUGGUACCUGAUGGAGCUCGAAGGAUCCUGCUCCAUUGUGCAGGAAAGUCUCAUUACUGAUGUUCGAGCUGGUGAAAGGAGGGCUCGUAAUGAUCUUUUCUCAGUUAUUUUUCUCUUCAGAGCUCUGCAAAUGCAUGAGUGGGUGCUCGAAGCUGAAAGACCACCAAAAUGGCACCUUCCCAGCAGAGAGGCCAUAUGAGGACGGGAUGAUGGUGUUCACUGCCCCCUGGACAUCUGGCAAGCACUGUUUUGCAGUCCUUUGAGCACAGCCUCCCACAGUAAAGGGCAAACGGCUCUUACGUUUUAAAAAGUCGUAUUUCGUAACACAUUCCAAUGACCAAUACCAGCUGGCAGAGUUUUUAAACACUUUCCAGGCAGGAUGUGCAGCCUGCAGGCAUUCUGCUCCUGACUUGAAGCCAUUUCUUCAAGAGGGGUAAAAAUAUAUCUCAACAGCAACGUUUUCUAUGCUGAUUGAAGUUGCACUUUGGAGAAAAACCGUUUGCAUGGAAACUGCAAGCCAAUGGACAGUGCACAAUAUGCAAAGAUGUUUUAAAAUACUUUGGGGCUACUUUCCUCUCCUUGUACGUCAGCUGCUUCCCACGGGGGGGGAAACAGUGUGAUCCAGCUGCUCAGGUAAAGGGAAAGUGUACGAUCACACCCCUGUGGGAGGCGAGGCUGCCGUGCCCAAGGGUGGGUGAGCCGGUCCAGUCCCACCGCUCAGGAGUGGGGAAGCCCCUGUUUGUUUUCUUGCUUGUUUGGUUUUGUUAGAGCCUUGUCUUGGGUUUGUUUACAGAGAUGUAUUUUGUUUAACCAAAUAUUAAAAAUGAAAAAAAAAAGGUUCCAUAUAAAUGUCCUAUCACUUCUGUAUGUUCAACUGAAUUGUUCUGUAACAAAGUAUGUAAAGGAUAAAUAAAUUUUUUUCUUUGGCUAUAAAACCA